CAGUCUCCUUCAUCUCUUUCUCUAACUUUCGCCGAAGCCCGGGGGUAUAAUCCCAGUCACCUGACAGGCACCAUCAUCUUCUAUCUGCAUCCGAAGAUGCAGAUCUUUGUGAAAACCCUCACAGGUAAGACGAUAACCUUAGAGGUUGAGUCGUCUGAUACAAUUGAUAAUGUGAAGGCCAAGAUCCAAGACAAGGAAGGCAUUCCUCCGGACCAACAACGCCUCAUCUUCGCUGGCAAGCAACUCGAGGAUGGACGAACUCUUGCUGACUACAACAUCCAGAAGGAGUCUACCCUCCACCUUGUUCUUCGCCUCCGUGGUGGUGCCAAGAAGCGUAAGAAGAAGACUUACACAAAGCCCAAGAAAAUUAAGCACAAGAAGAAGAAGGUGAAGCUCGCUCUCUUACAGUUUUACAAAGUCGAUGAUUCUGGGAAGGUUCAGAGGCUGAGGAAGGAGUGCCCGAACGCGGAAUGCGGAGCUGGCACCUUUAUGGCCAAUCAUUUUGAUAGGCACUACUGCGGUAAGUGCGGUCUCACCUAUGUUUACCAGAAAGCCGGCGGUGACUGAGCGAAAUUAUGAAGCGAAUCUCGUCCCUCUAUUACAUGUUCUAUUUGUGACUAAACCGAUUUUCAGAGAUUAUCUUAAUUUAUGUUUGAUAAUAUGUGGAGUGCUCGAAAGGAUUUUCAUCUAUAAAUUACGAAACUCGUAGUAUUUGUGGUUUUAAAUUUUACUUCCUCAUUAGCAUUUUA